AUGCAUAGUCCAAGUACUCUGUACACAUAAAUUCCGCACCGGCCACCAAAGCUAAUAAUACUCCAUAAUAAACUAACACCGAAGUUUCUCUAGAUCACCGGAUCGAGUCUGUCUCUUUCAAACGCGAGGUACACAAACAGAAUAGUGACCGAACCAGAAGACAAUGCUAAGGCGAUGGAAGGAUGGACGAGAUGACAUAAAGAACGAUAACAAUAAUAAAGAUGUUAUUUUGAAAUAUAUAUUUUGCACGAAUAUGUUAAACUUCCGCAUGUAUAAUAGUUACUUGGAUAUUAUCAAUAAAUAAAUAAGUUUUGUUUAAUGCUCCAUUUUCCGUUUCAAAAAGUUACACCCGUUAACACCGCGAGUCGGAUAUUCGAAUAAAUUUGGGCAGCGGAUUUUAAAAGGUGUGCUGUUUAUUUAUUGUUCUAAAAAACAGAGAGUACUGAGUAGCGGCUUCAUUCGCGUAAACGAGAGGUGCGAUGCCAGAGGCCCAAAGGGUUUUCUUCCUUCUUCUUUCUUCGAUGGAGAAGCGAUAAUGAAAGAGGGUCGCAACUCGCAAAGGGGGGAAGACGAUGUCGAGGCUGAGGUUGUUCGAGAAAGAACACGCAAGAUAGAAACAACAUCUUUGAGGCCAACAACGAAGCUUAGUCCGACGAAAUUCAAAUCCAUGAUGGACGCUUUUAGAUUUAAUGGAGAGAUGAUACUACAAAUGGUGGUUGAUUGUUCUUGGAAAAAUGAAGAGAACUUUAGAGACCUCAUUGUCUGAAGCUUAGAAGUCCAUAAGCACUUAUGUCUUAAGCAGAGGUGCAUAAAUAUGACGUUCUUCCUUUGUCUACCUCUAUCCAGGAAAAAUUGUGCGGGAAAAGUUACACCAUUAUACAUUUACGUCAACCUCCCACGAUAUCACGCUCGCUCAUAGUGCGUUCUUUCAUCCGUCAAAUUUCAGAGAGGUUUUUUAUUCCUCAUCAGUGUGCUGGCUGAGCCUAGGCAAAUUCCUAGCGCCGAAAAGGAGUCAACUCAGAGAGAGGGAGUAACGUUGCCGAGGAUGGUGACAACGACGGGCUAGGGUUUCGAUCCUAACAUAACCGACGACUAGAAAGAUGAGCGACGACCUUCAAUCUCUCUUCCACAUUUGACUGCCCUAGAAAAGCAUCUGAAAACCACCUCCAAACUUCGCAUGCAGCAAAUCAGUAAAUUUUCAACUUGAGCUUUUGCAAAUUAAAGGAUAUAGUUUGAAGAUCAAGAUCAGGGAUUCAAACAGAACAAGGUGGGAGACGACAACGCCGGCUAACCUUCUUCCAAUCCUCUUCGCUCACUAAGCCUAGGCCAGAUUCGUAGUGCCAGUAGAGAGACGAUAGGGAUAAAGGGGUAAGGAUGCAGCGAGGACGGAUGGCAGAUGCAGGCUAGAGUUUCAGCCAUUAAAUUCAAAGAACAACUCCUCGACUUGACGCAUCACAGGGCAGGGAUUCAAAGACGAGGGUCAACAACAUCACAAUUCAACAAUGACACCACCAUUUUAAAGUGUUCUCUCAAUACGAAAGGUGAGGGUGAAGCCUCCAAGUGCCAAGUGAAAGACGCUAGAAGAAUGAAAAACAACAGUCCCUACUGCAACUCCUAUGCAUUUGGUUUCAAAAAAUUUGGCUUCAAUAGCUCGAGGUAGAAACAAAGAUCAGAUCUUCCACAAUGGAGUUAUCUUAUAAAAAAAGCAGUAAUUGUUCCUGCCCAAUCGUAUUCUGAGCAAUACAACGCAAGCUAGCGGGAUGCUUGGCGAUCAUUGAAAACUGCAAGCCCCCAAGCACUUAGCAAUAUGGAUGGAAGCAUGAGGCACAUCCAUAGGAGACAAAGAAAAAGGCGAGCAUUUUAAUCUGCUGGGUGAAGCAUUGGUGACAGACAAAUUCUGGGAGGGGCUUGAAGAGGAGGGAGAUGGGUGGAGGUUGUCUUUGCAAGAGUUGAGCAAUUGUUCAUCAUCUCUCUUGACAUUGACUCCGCAGACGCUUUUAGAUUUAAUGGAGAUGUAAAGCCAUUUUCUAUAUCUUCUACCUGAUCCUUUUUCGUUACUACUCUUGAAUCUAAAAAUGAAAGGUUGGGAUUGAA